UACAGGAAGAAAAUCCUGCACCCUAAUGCAUGCUUCAGCUGGCCCCUAAACAAAAAUAUGAACUAGUUCAGUGAUAAUUGAUGUCAUACUUAACUCUGAAAUGUAUUAACAUGAUUAAAGAAACUUAAAUUAAAUCAUACAAGACUAACAAUGGCCAGAGGCUCCUGACUUGGAACAGGCGCAAAAAUGUGACAGGUUAAACGUGUUUUUUUUAAGUUCUCAAGUUGCAACCCUCCUCCUAGGCUAUACAUUGUACCUCUAGCCAAUGUAGAAAAAACAAACACACUGCAAUAUGCACAGUAAGACACAGUUUAAAAGAAGUGACAUUCUUAUAGGUGACUUUUAAAUAUGGAAAAUCUGCUUUAUGAUAUGAGCACUCCCCAAAUGAACCCAGUCCCAGGUCAACCCAGGUAGUUAUGAAGCUUUUGAUAAAAUCGAGAUUGGAAUCUCGUGUAUGUAUGUUGUAUUCACUAUUAUCAUGUAUAGUGUAUUUCUGUGAAAGAUAUUACAAUGUUCAAUAUUCCUUACUUGAAUUUUUGCAAAUAUUCACGGGUUUAUUUUUCUUUCAAUGCACUCUAUUCACGAGCCAAGUUUACAGGUUUACAAAUAUUUUGACAAAUACCUUCGAACAAUUUCUUACUUCUGGUCAUAUACAAUAUUCGGAACUGUAGCGGUGAAAUAUUUCCGGGUAUAAAUAUGAUUUAAAAAAAUCGUGUACAUUGAGGUAAAGAUUAUUUGCUCGUGGACAGAGACAGCAAGUAAUAUAAAAAAAAAAUCUGUUGAACAAUAGAAUUUCAAUCGUUUGAAUGUCUGAAAGUAAUAAAUAAUCUGUAAAGUAUUAAAUACAUUUUAGUUAAAAGAAAGUUAUCUCACCAUUUCAAAUCUUUCGUUGUCAUUUUGUUUAUGUAAGUAUAGUUCAGGGACUUCCUCUGCCUUUUCUUCUUUAUCGUGUUUAUUCUGCAUGGUCUCUAGAGCCAUAAAAACAUCAGCAUCAAGACUGAGGGUUAAAUUAGCAUCAUCACCUUUGUUCUGAUCAUAUUCCAGACGAAAUUCGAGAUUUUCCACUGCAGCAUUUUCCUCAAAUGACAAAUUUGAAACAUCGUCUUUCCUAUAAGGCCCCCUUUUUCUUCUUUUCUUGAUUUCGUUAGAUGCCAUGUUUGUUUAAAUAAUUACAUAAAUGAUACUGUUAGGACAGUCAGACACAGCAUGAUGCAUCGACUUCUUCGCCUGUUUUUACCAAGGUACCAGAGAGUUUAUUUUAAGAAAUACUCGUAUUUUGAAAGACGUUUAUCCCUAUGUAAAUAUGGAAAAUCUUGUUUUGAAAUGUAUUCGAUUUCUUAAAUUUAUCAUGUUUGAAAUUUUUCAUGUAAUUAUCAGUCAGCAAUUUAUAAUUUACACCAUAUAAAAUUAUAAAAAUAAUAAUCUCAGAUGCUGUACCCUCAAUGGACCUCACACGUCUGAAGAGGUCGCUUGUUAUCUGAUAUCCCACGCCAUUAAAAUUUUGCUUUGGACGCUGCAUUUAUCGUUUGAGAAGAAAUUUAAAGUUAUAUUUUGAAGAUGUACGCGUGUGUAUUUUUUGAAGAGGAUAGUAGUUUGAGCGUUGUUUGGAGGGAAGAUCAGGAUUUAAGCCUGAUUGAAGAUUUUAAAGAACACCAUAAAGUGGAAAUGAAAUUGUUACUGAGAUAUGGAACCCCCAAAAUAUUAUACCACGGAACCAUUGUGAAAGUUAGCGAGGGUAAGUUUAAUAUCAUAAAUGUUUUAUUAUUGGAAAUACCGAAGUCGAGUUGGAAACCAUAUAAAGCAUAUUUGGACACAUUUGCUAAUAAAGCCUACACUGCCAUUAUAAAAGGCAAAUUGCCAGUUCAAGGAGACAAUCAGAGCCCACCAGAAGAACUUUUCACUUUCGAGUCGGGUAACAAUGUCAAAGGAAAGAGGAAAAGAACAAAAACCGACAAAGUAGUACAAAGUGAAAAACAGGACGAGGAAUUUAUUCCCAAGAAUAAGAAAAAGAAUAAGGUAGAAAAAGAAAAACAGGAUGAAGAAUUAAGUCAAAAGAAAAAGAAAAGGGAUAAGGUAGAAAAAGAAAAAAAAAGACAAUUUUCUGUGGAUGACAGCAACAGUAACCAAGAAGCAGAGAAAGAACCAACACAAGUGCCAGACGUACCAACAGCAUUAUCAAGUGACGUCGUGGGUCAUAACAAUGUGGAUGUUCAACCAAACAUCAUGCUGCCUGUCCCUGUUGAUAUAACAUCAACAUGGAAAGUAUGCACAAAUGCCAUGGACGCUGUUUGUGAUGAGAUUCCAACACAUGUAGCAUCUUCUGAUGCAACUGUUACAAACACAUGUGUAAUCCAAGAAUCCCAUGACAUACUGGUUGAUAAACUCAGAAAGGCCAUAUCCGCAGCCAAAAAGUCUCAAAAGGUGGGAUACACACUGUGUUACAAGCUGUUAUCCAGCAUGUUUUCUGUACCAGAGAUGGCAAACUCCAGGGGACAGGGUAUAGGUACAAAGAAGGAGGGUGACUUCAGACAGCCAUUAAAAAGGGAAACAGUGAAUACACUGAAAGAUUAUGUGAUUGUUUGGUGCAAGAAAAACAGCUAUACUACACCAACAGAACAACUACUUAACGAUACCAUUACAGAAAUGAUAAGCUAUGCCAGAAAACAGAUUAAAACACCCAGCAAAAAACUUUAGAGAUAAAUAAUUUAGACAAAAAGAGACAUUUCAUCUGAAAUAUGUCCAAAAAUGUUGGAAAAACUCAAAUUUAAUAAUUCUUUUAAUGUAUGACAUUUGUUAUUAAAAUUUGUUGUUUAUAUUUGUAUGUACUUAUGUUUGGAUUUUUGAUUCAUGAUAAAAUCUUAUAUUUACGACCAAUGUAUACUAAUCCCUUUUGUUAAAGAAAAACUGGCAAUGAUCUGUACAAUUUGUAUAUUAUCAUAAUUUAAUUUGUCUUCAUUCAAAUCUCAUUAUUUAUUUUUGAAAAUCAGCUCGCAUUAUUGAAAAAAAAAGGGACUGUUUUUGUGAAUCAGGUUUUUUUCUUUCAUAUUCAAGGCAUAACUUUUUUCCAGGCGUAAUUUUUUUUAUUCCAGGCGUAUUUUUUUUUCCUGGCGUCAGUUUUAUUCCAGGCGUCAUAUUAAGUCUUUUCCAGGAGUAAUAUUUGUAGGCGUAAUUUCUAGAAGCAUUUUACGGGCGUAACUAAUUUGCAUAUUUCGCCUCAUAUUCCGUCCAACUGACGCCCGGAUUACUGCUCAUUUACGCCUGGAAAGCAAUAUUACUUCUAAUAUAUUUUACGCUUGUAAUUUUCAUAAAAUGACGUCUCAUUUACGCCUAAAUGACGGGUGUAAAAUUUCAUACAGGCUGCAAUUGACAUUCCAUU